GCCCACAUCCCAGCUGGAUAUAAGACAGCCCCAGGGCCAAGUCCAUAUACAGGUGAUCAGAGGGCUGAGAAGUUAGGGACCCAUCUCUGUGGAUACGAAGGGAUCCAGUACCCAGAGUGAUCCUUUAUGUAAGGUAUCGAGCACUGGUCCAAUGACAGGGUGAAAGAGCCCUGAAUGGAGACAGGGUCCUGGCCGCAGACUUCAGACCGGCCAAAGGUAAAAGCGGGUAGGCUCUCUCUCCGAAGACUCAUCUUCCAGUCCCCAAUUGCCACAGAGAGUUGGGCUCCAGCUGACCCAGGCAUGGGGUGCCAGCUCCUUCUGUGGGGAUCCAAGCCUGCUUCUGAAGGUGCUGAUUGGGGAGAUUAGAGCAAGGCUAAGAGGAGAAGACCCUCCUGAGGAAGUUCCGAGAGGCUGUGCCUUCCAGGGGGCCUUGACUCUGAGUACCCCCUACUUGCAGAGAUUCUCUGAGAUAAUCCGGGAUUGGAUUAGGGCCCAAGCCCCGGGCCCAGGGUCCCCCGCCUGCCCACCCGCCCCUGAUCUUGCCCACAAAACCCCAGGAAAAUCCUCUCCAGUGCUCCCAGGCUGUCCCUGGAAACAGCAGGAGGCUGGCAGAAUCCACAGCAUCCUCCCAGGACUCAGGGCCUGGCAUGGUUCAGGGACCCAUGGGGAACUGUGCCAAGCGGCCCUGGCGCCGGGGGCCUAAGGAACACUGGCAGUGGCCUGGAGCCCCCCUAGGGAGCCCCAGUCCCGGCCCUAGCCCCAGAGCUGAGGAGCAGGAGGGCACCCAGGGCUACUCGGUGCUUGGCAGUCUGGUGGGGCCAGCCUGCAUCUUCCUUCGACCCAGCAUCGCCGCCACCCAGCUCGACCGGGAGCUGAGACCAGAGGAGAUUGAAGAGCUGCAGGUCGCCUUCCAGGAGUUUGACCGAGACCGGGAUGGCUACAUCGGCUACCGGGAGCUGGGUGCCUGCAUGCGGACGCUGGGCUACAUGCCUACAGAGAUGGAGCUCAUUGAAAUAUCACAGCAGAUCAGUGGUGGGAAGGUGGAUUUUGAAGAUUUUGUGGAGCUGAUGGGUCCCAAGCUGUUGGCAGAGACUGCGGAUAUGAUUGGCGUGAGGGAGCUUCGAGACGCCUUCCGGGAGUUUGACACCAAUGGAGAUGGCUGCAUCAGCGUGGGAGAGCUGCGGGCAGCCCUCAAGGCUCUGCUGGGGGAACGCCUCAGCCAGAGGGAGGUAGAUGAGAUACUCCAAGACAUCGAUCUCAAUGGAGAUGGCUUGGUUGACUUUGAAGAGUUUGUUCGGAUGAUGUCUCGGUGAGCUUGUAUAGAAGCUGGAGUGGACCAGCCUGGAGGACCACAGCUGCUGAGCCGCAGAGGAUCCCAUGUAUUCCUGGAAACUCAUUACGAAUCAGACUGUGUGCCUCCUCCCACCCCUGCUGGGCAUCGUGCCCUCUCCUGUCACCACCUUUAGCUCUCCCUGGUUCUCUGACAAUAAAGCAUUUU